AUGUCCACUCAACAACAAGUCCGCGUCGGCAUAGCCCUCUUCAUCCUCCACCCCUCCUCCACCCCCUCAAACCCAACCUUCCUCCUCGGCCGCCGCAAAGGCUCCCACGGAGCCGGAACCUACGCCCUUCCAGGCGGGCACCUCGAGUUCGGCGAAGAUCCCGCUACCUGCGCUGGGCGAGAAGCGAUGGAAGAGACAGGACUGGAAGUCGUGGAUAUCGAGUUCUUUACUGCGACGAACGAUUAUAUGCCUGACGAGGGGAAGCAUUAUAUCACGCUCUGGAUGGUUGGACGACGGAAAGAUGAGAGUGUAGAGGCGGAGGUGAUGGAGAAGGAUAAGUGUGAGGGGUGGGAGUGGUGUGCUUGGGAGAAGUUUGUGGAGGAAGCGGGUGAGGAGAGAGAGGUGGAGGGGAGGAGAUAUUUUUUGCCGAUGAGGAAUUUAUUGAGGCAGAGGGCGGGCGUGAUACCAAGUCCGCGGUGA